UGUGAGAAGAACAUUCUUCAGGCAACAAAUGCAACAGUUCAAACACAAACCAGCCUGUGCCAACUGCUCGCUAUUUGCCAUUGCAUAUGUAAAAGUUAUAAAUACAACUAAUUAGUCUGCUGCCUUCUUCAGGCCAGUAAGAGGUAACAACCUCUCCUCCACACCCAUCACCCCAUGCCCACACACCCUUCUCAUGGGAUCGGCAUGAGUGCUUAAUAGGUGCUAAAGCAGACAGGAGCACUAUAUAAAGCACUUCAGAGAUUUCUUUGCCUUACCACCCUUAGCUUCGGGCAAUCUGUCUUUUAUCAUUCCCUUACUCAUUAACGAGAUUUUAAUUGGUGGAAUUUCAGUGAGUCUACCCCAAGAUUCCAGAAGUUACUUGCUUCCUGUCAACAAAAAAAGGGCUGCCACAUUUAAUUUUCUCCCUUGUUUUAUUUCUGUCAUUUUAUUCUUUGAAACAUGAGCGAACAGGCCAAAACAGAGCUGUCAUGUGGGGAGUACAGCAAGGGUGUCCCCUGGUACCCCCUGAGAAAAUGGUGGCAGUCCAGCCGGCUUUUCAAUCAGGAUGUUGGCCUGCCACCUCUCCUGGAGACAUGGGACCCCCGGUGGAUGGAUGUGGACAGGCUCCAGAGGAGUUUGGCAGCCUGCUCCUGGCCAGGGUACAUACCCGCUCCACUGUUUGUGCCCUACAUCUCCAGUUCGAUGUAUCAUCCGGGCCAGAAGAUUAGUGAGGAGCAGUACAGGUGGAGGGUCAACCUGGACGUGACUCAUUUCUCUCCUUCAGAGAUUUCUCUGAGCGUCAGAGAUGGAUUCCUGGAGGUUGGAGGGAAACAUGAAGAGAGGCCAGAUGAGCAUGGAUUUAUUGCCAGAUGUUUUACACGGAAAUACAGGCUCCCAGCUGAGAUUGAUGCUACCAAAAUUGAAUCCAGACUUUCUGUUGAUGGUAUCCUGACUGUGGAAGUUCCAGUUCCUGAAACAUCAGUUCCUGCUGCCAUCAUUAUUCCCAUAAAGGUGGAGAUGGAGGUGACAGGAGCAAAACAGGAGAAAGAAGAAACCCCUGAUACAGGUGCAGAUAGCGGGGCAACAGAGGACCCAGAAUUUCCCUCUGCAGAGUAUAAAACUGAAAAGCCUCCACUAGAGGUCCAUGGUGAUCAGGCCCACCCUGGCAGCACCACAGCUGGGCUUCAGCAGCAUGAAGAGAGGAGGGAACAGGAGGAGGAGACCCGUGACAAGCCAGCUGGAGAGUCCCACCCUUCAGUGUCUGCAGAUGGUGACGGCACAGAGAGUCUUCAAGAUUCUUCUAUGCACCAGGAAACCCUGCAAAGUCAAGAAAGCCCAGACACACAAACAUCUAAAGAGUUGGAACACAACGAACCAGUCGUGGAUGGAGGCAUCCAGCAGGUAAUGACAGGUUCAGGGGAGGCUGCUGAGGAAGUCAGCCAGCCUGAGGAACCAGAGCAGGGCACGAGUCCUAAGAGCGAUAUGCCAAGCCAAGAGAUGGUGGAUCCCAACAUAAAGCAAGAACGCACUGAGUAGAAUUUCAGUACCUCCAAAAUGUUGCACACACUAUAUAUUAACAAAAUACUCAAAUAUCCUGCAUAGCUUGCCUUGCAACAGUUCUAAAGAUGCAUUUUAGUGAUUAGAUAUAAUAACCAUGUAACCACGCUGUCUUUGGAGCACCAAUAAAGCAAUAGCAUGU